AUGGUUCCGAAUUCCCAAAUCCCCUUCCUGGAUGUCCUGGUCCGUAGGAACGAAGACGGCACCCUAAGCCACAACGUCUACCGCAAACCAACGCACACGGACCGAUACCUCCACGCAAACUCCCACCAUCACCCUGCCCAAAAGAAUUCGGUAAUCAGCUCUCUAGUCCACAGAGCACUCUCCAUUUCGGAAUCAGCCGCCCUGAACGGAGAGCUAAACCACCUUCACCAAACCCUGGCCAGGAACGGAUACAGCAGCAGAAACAUCAGCCGUACCAUCAAUAAGCUGACCAACAAGCAAACCGGCCAGAAUAACACCACGACACCAGAGACAGAGAAAGAGAAGAUUAAGGCAGUAGUCCUCCCAUACGUCAGAGGCACCACGGACCGCAUCAGCAGAAUCCUGAGCAAACACAACAUCAAAGCAAUUUUCAAACCUUGCAACAAGCUCUCACAAAUGCUCUCCAAUCCCAAGGACCGGAGACCCCCUUUGACAGCCCCAGGGGAUUACAAGAUCCCAUGCUCCUGCGGCAGUGUACAUAGGAGAAACCGGGAGGAAGAUUAG